UCUUGAGAGGCAACCUCUGCAGCGGGCCGUGUGCAGGUUCCCUGGAAGGGGACACCGAAGAGGGUGACAGCCCCGUCGACCACCGGACCCUGCUGCGCAACGAGGUGUUAUCCAAGAGUCGGGUUGCUUGGGAAUGCAGCCCCAAUUGGGAGGGGCGAAAGACUAAUCGAACCGUCUAGUAGCUGGUUCCCUCCUAAGUUUCCCUAAGGAUAGCUGGAGCUGUUGAACAGUUUUAUCGGGUAAAGCGAAUGAUUAGAGGCCUCGGGGGUGAAACACCCUCGACCUAUUCUCAAACUUUAAAUAGGUAAGAUUUCGGGGUUGCUUAAGCGAACCCCGAGGAUCAAUGAAAGCUCCAAGUGGGCCAUUUUUGGUAAGCAGAACUGGCGAUGCGGGAUGAACCGAAAGUCGAGCUACGGUGCCAAACUGCGAGCUAACCCAGACACCACAAAGGGUGUUGAUUGAUACAGACAGCAGGACGGUGGUCAUGGAAGUUGAAAUCCGCUAAGGAGUGUGUAACAACUCACUUGCUGAAUCAAUCAGCCCCGAAAAU